UUUUAAACUAUUUUCACAACUACAAUUAAAUACAUUUAUUGAGAUGAAGUGAUGUAAUAUUACAAAAUGUGAAUAACGUGAACUACUAUGGGCGACUAUGAUCUAUCCCCUAAGUAUGAGAUAAGUCCCCGAUAUUACGGUCACAAGUCUAGUAAGCGAGAGGAGAAGAUUUUCAAGUGUAAAGAAUGUAAACGAACUUUCAAUCGCAGACACAACUUAACAAAACACGAGCGUGUACAUUCGGGUGAUAAGCCUUACGUUUGUAAGGACUGUGGCAAGAGGUUUGCGGACAGUUCGAACAUGACCAAACAUGUCCAGAGAAUGCACAACAGUAUCAAACAUGGCAUGUUCACUGAUGACAAGAAUAACACAACCUGUGAGAUCUGUCAGAGAUCAUUCUCUUCCACAGACGAUCUCUUUCAACACGAGUUGAAAUAUGCCAACACAAAGGUCUAUACGUGUGGUGUUUGUAAUAAAGCGUUCCAUUUAAGAAACAGCUACGCAAGACAUUUAGACACGCAUAAUGAGAAACGCAAAUACCACUGUGACCUGUGUGACAGAACCUUCUCUCAGAAGUUCCUUCUUGAAAAACAUCGUCAAUACCACGCUCCUCUCGAACAUGAAAUUACGCUUCAGUUAGAUGACGACUACAACGACGACUAUAACGAGGACGAAGAGCACGACGAAGAAGACGAGACUGAAUAUAGUUUGAACACAGAUGUCGGCAACAAGUACGAGAGCGACGUUGAGGCUAACCAGCGGGAACGUAUUGGUAAAGGAAUUACGGUGCACGAAUGUACUAUUUGUGACAAGGUUUUCACAUACCGAUCCCUUUGGACAAGACAUCUGAAGAGUCACUCUACUGAUAACAGUUUCAAAUGUCACAUAUGUCAACGGGUUUUCAAGAGACAGUAUUAUCUUGUAAAACAUAAGAAGAUAUGUAAAGGGAUUCCCGUUGAUACACUUUCUAGUGACGGGCAGCCGGCACGUAUAAACCUGGGAGUUACAAGAGACCACACUGCUUCACCCCCACGCGUUGAACCUGGAAUGCCCCACUGGAACGCUGCAACACCCCAGUAGAGUAGUUGGUGUGUAAAAUUACACAUAAACUGACCUCCAAGAUGAUUAUGAUGAUUUGGCCGAUUCGCAGUAUUGUAUAGCAUAGUACAGUAUAGUAUACAGUCAACAGUGCAGUAUUGUUAUGGUUGAAUGACAGCUGCAGA